AUGGAAACGAUGACAGAAAAGGAAAAUGUGGAAUCAAAGCGUCAAAUCAGCUCAAAGGAAGAAGCUCAACAGAUCUUGCAGAAUAUGAAAGGAGAUAUGACCUAUGGCAUUGCAGAUUCUCCACCAUGGUUCCUGUCCAUACUUCUUGGUUUUCAGCAUUACUUAUCUAUGUUCGGGGCAAUUUUAGCUACUUCCAUUAUGUUGGCUGAUGCAUUAUGUAUGUCAAAGACUGACGAGGCACGCGCUGAUCUGAUAGCAACCAUGUUUUUUGUGUCUGGUUUGGUUACUAUAUUGCAAGUAUUAUUUGGUGUUAGAUUACCAGUAGUUCAUGGAAGUUCAUUAGCGUUCUUGGUGGCGAUAGUUGCGAUUCUUGCACUUCCAAAGUGGAGUUGUCCUGCACCGGAAAUAGUUGCUAAUAUGACUGGUGAAGAACGCGAAGAACUUUGGCAAGUGAGAAUGAGAGAAGUAAACAUUUAUAUACAAGGUAACAUCGCAGCUUCCUCUGGCUUACUGGUCGUUAUUGGUCUUACAGGCCUAGUUGGAAUCGUACUACGUUUCAUAGGUCCUCUUGCCAUUACACCCACCAUUGUGUUGAUUGGCCUCUCCCUAUUUGACCAAGCAGGGGAACUCGCUGGUUCGCAUUGGGGAAUAUCCGUCUUUACCAUGGUAAUAAUAACCAUAUUCUCAGAGUAUUUGAAGAAUGUAUCCGUACCUUGUUACGUGUGGAACAGAAGUAGCGGGUGUCGCGUCAAAAAAUAUCCACUUUUUACCAUCUUGCCUGUUAUCUUGGCUAUCGCGUUGGCAUGGUUACUGUGUUACAUCCUGACUGUUACUGAUGCAUUACCAGAUAGUAUAGAGUCAUAUGGAUACCCAGCACGCACAGAUAUCAGAAUGAAUGUGUUUUAUAAUUCUAAGUGGUUUUAUAUCCCAUAUCCAUGUCAGUGGGGCGUACCUACUGUCAGCAUAACUGGAUUUAUUGGAAUGCUACCUGCUGUCUUGGUAGCUAUGGUUGAUUCGGUCGGCAAUUACUACGCUGCUGCUAGGAUAUCUAUGGCGCCGCCUCCACCAACACAUGCCAUAAACCGCGGAAUCUUUGUUCAAGGCAUUGGUGGCAUGAUAUCGGGUAUCUGGGGAUGCGGAAAUGGUGUGUCAGUCUACUCUGAAAACAUAGGAGUUAUUUCUAUAACUAAGGUUGGAAGUCGCAUGGUCGUAAUUAUAGCAGGCUUAAUAAUGAUGCUUUUAGCAAUGUUGGGUAAAUUUGGAGCAUUAUUUGCCGCAAUCCCGGAUCCUGUAAUAGGUGGCAUGUUCUGUAUUUUGUUUGGUAUUGUCACCGCUGUAGGCCUUACGAAUCUGCAAUUUGUUGAUAUGAAUUCAUCUCGGAAUCUAUUCAUCAUUGGAGUUUCUAUCUUCAUUGGCCUAACCAUGCCAAACUGGAUAAAAAACAACAAGGGAACCAUCAAUACAGGUGUUGACCAGCUUGACCAGAUUAUAAUGGUGUUAUUAAGUACUGGUAUGUUUGUUGGUGGAAUCAUUGCAUUUGUAUUUGACAACACUAUCCCUGGCACUGAAGAGGAGCGCGGUAUCUCAAAAUGGAGGAAUAUAUUUACUGAAAAAGACAAAGAGUUAAAUAUGGCAGUAUCAACGGAGGUUAUGAAAUGUUAUGAGUUCCCUUUUGGAAAUGAUUUAAUUCACAAAUGGAGACACAUCACACAAUACAUUCCAAUGUGUCCCACUUUUGUUGAUAUAACUUGUAGUUGUAACUGUAAUAUGGCGUUAAUAAUAAAGUUAUUAUUGGUUGCAUUAUCUGCAACAGCGUAUCAGUUACAUGUUGGUAACAAUGUACUAGCUGAAGGAGAAAUGGUCAAUCACAAUAGAGUGAUUGGAGAGGAGAUAGAAACUCGAGUCUUGGAAAAUGAUGUUCCCGAUAUAUUACUGCUUACAAACCGUAAUUAUAAUGAUGUUAGUGUUAGCAUGGAAAAUCAGCCACACCGUGAGGAACGGCAAUAUGGCGCCUGUGAUGAUUUGUACGACUAUCGAUGUGACAAUGGUCUUUGCAUAUCUAAGUAUGGUUUGUGUAAUGGUUACAAUGACUGCAUGGACUGGUCAGAUGAGAUGAUUUGCGAUUGUCAAGAUGACUCGAUUAUAUGUAAUGGAAAGUGCUGGCCAGCAAUUAUUGAAUGUGAUGGACUUAAUCAGUGUUCGUAUUACGAAGACGAAUAUUUUUGCUCUUGUAACGGUUCUGACGACUUUGCAUGCGAUAAUGGUAAAUGCAUACCCUCAUAUUACGAGUGUAAUGGUUAUGAUAAUUGCGGGGACCUCAGUGACGAAGCGUCCUGCACAUGUGAUGCCGACGAAUUUCAGUGUGACAAUGGUAAAUGCAUUCGCUCGUAUUAUGUGUGCAGUAAUUAUGAUAAUUGUGGUGAUCUCAGCGACGAGUUCAACUGUUCAUGUGCAGCCAAUGAAUUUCGUUGUGAUGGUUACAAGUGCCUCUCACUGAACAGUGUUUGUAACGGAUACAUAAGUUGUAAUGAUCUCAGUGACGAGACUGACUGUGAUUGUGGUGAUGGCAUGUUCCUAUGUGACAAUGGUGCAUGCAUACAUGACUAUAAUGUUUGUGAUUGUUAUAACGAUUGUAAGGACUGGAGUGAUGAACGGAUUUGUGAUUGCAGUCUGCCGGGAUCAUUUCGCUGUGCACAGAAUUGGAAAUACCACGAAGAUUAUUAUGAUUAUUAUGACUACUACUUCUACUACUAUGACUCUAGUGGACGUAACAUGCAUAACUGCAUUGCAAAUAGUAUGAUAUGUGAUGGGAAACGAGACUGCCAGGUUGACGAGCUGUACUGUGCUUGUAAUUAUACAAACGAAGUACUAUGUAACAAUGGAGUGUGCAUAUAUGACUGGCAGCUUUGUGAUGGUGAUAACGACUGUGGUGAUUGGAGUGAUGAAGGCGAUCAAUAUGGCUGUGCUUGUGACGAACAGAACAGAUUUUUAUGCGACAACGGUUUAUGUCUAUAUAUUGGGUAUGUCUGUGACGGGCGUUUGGAUUGCGGCGUGGACGACAUUUCAGAUGAACGAAAUUGUGAAUCAGCCUGCGGAGAUUGGAGUUUUGAUUGUCCUAAUGGGUUUUGUAUAAACCGCACCAAAUUGUGCGAUGGAAAUGAUGAUUGUGGUGAUAUGGCGGAUGAAGUUGACUGCAGAUGUUCUAGUGACAACCACUUCACAUGUGAUAAUGGAAGAUGUACUUCAAUGAUAACAGUAUGUGAUGGAUUCGAUCACUGUGGAGACCAAAGUGAUGAAGUAAACUGCGGUGAUUGUUUUGAUGGUUACUUUCAAUGUGAUAACGGCAUGUGUAUUCCACAAUGGAUGGUGUGUAAUGGUAUUCACGAAUGUGGCGAUUAUAGUGAUGAAUACAAUUGUAAACAGUGUUCUUCAUACUUACUUCAUGAAUGCGAUAAUGGACUUUGCGUGGACCGAUGGGGUAUUUGUAAUCAGUGUAAUUCAUGUGGAGACUUCAGUGAUGAAAUAGGAUGUGAUUGCUCUGAUGACGAUUCAAUCCAAUGUGAUGGUGACAGAUGUGUCUCACCACAAGCACGUUGUGAUGGAUACUAUCAGUGUUAUGGUGGAAAUGAUGAACGGGAUUGCGACUGUGACAAAGACGAUCAGUUCAGAUGCAACAAUGGACCAUGCAUUCCAAGGACUUUAAUGUGCGAUGGUAAGAGUAACUGUGGGGAUGCCAGUGAUGAAAUUAAUUGCCCUUGUGAAUUCCACUGUACUCAGUAUUCCAAGUGUAUUCCUAAUUUCCUUGUUUGUGAUGGCCAUAAGCAUUGUUGGGAUAACAGUGAUGAAGAGAAUUGUACAGAAUCAUACAGCAUAAUAUGUGAUGAUACAAAAAUGAGUAUAACCAUCAAGAAGGAAUAUCUGUUAAAUCUACUACAUCUAAGUGGCAAAAACGGAUCUUACUUCCACCUGAACGACCCAACGUGUGUUGGAGUGGAUAUUGUUGAAGAUAAUGGAGACAUAAUUCUGUUUGAAACAUUUCUUUAUACCUGUGGAACUACUUGCAUGGAAAACGGAAAGCAUAAUUCCAUUGAUUAUACAAACACGGUGUAUACAAGUAGAGGAUUGAGAAUCAUAGAGAUGAUGUGUUGUUAUGAAACUGAAUACACUCUUGCACUCCAUAUUGUGACUAAUCCGUGCAUUGACUUUAUAUCAUUGAAAGGGUUUGGUACGUUCAACAUCGAGGCUACUCUGUAUAGGGAUGUAUCGUUUACGACUAUUCUCGACCCUAAUGUGGAUUUUCCUGUGCAAGUGUGUGAUGGCGUCAUGAUAUACUUUGGUAUAUCCACUCAAAGCGGCGACGACAGUUUAGAAUUAUUCGUGGAAGAAUGUUUCGCGUCUCAGAGUGACAAUCCCCUGGCCCCAGUUACAAAAUAUCCUAUGAUUACAGAAGGGUGUUUGAACGAUACAAUGGUAGAGAUGCAUGUGGUACCACCAAAUGAUCGUGAUCGUCAUUAUUGCUGGGAUGCGUUUAACGUUGUCAACUUUCAGGCCGAAAUUUCCUCCGAUGAGGAGGUCGAUCUGUAUAUCCAUUGCUCGGUUGUUGUCUGUAAAACGGCAGAUAUGGGGACACGCUGUGAUCAGGGAUGCGUUGAAGAACGACGUAAAAGAGACGCCGACUUUGGAGAAGUAACCAAUAAACAAUUUAUCACCCACGGACCAUUCACAAGAUCUUCUAGUGAAAAGUGCAGUGGAUAGUGUCAGUCGAAGACCCUCGUUGAUGAGACCGAGAUGAUUCAUUUUUUCAUAUCUACAC